UUCAUAGAUAAUCUUAAAGUUUAUUGUGAAUACCUUAUUUAUUGUUAAUAUUUUAUAUGUGGGUUAUAAACUGUGUUAUAACAUAAAUUUUAAGUUUUAUCAUGUAGUUUUCUUAAUAAAAGUAAUCAGUGUCUAGUCUCGACGCCAUUCGGGCCGAUAAAUUUAUUGAUCACAAUUACUUUAUAAUCAAUAUUUAAGAUGGAAGAAAAAAGGAAAAAUAAAUUAUUCGACUUAUGUAGACUGUGUUUAGUGAAACGUGGAUUUUGUGAUAUUUCUGACAGAAACGAAUUGUGCGAUAAUAUUCACAAAUGCACCGGUCUCAAGAUAUCCGCGUCGGACAAAUUGCCUCAGAAAAUUUGCAGAAAUUGUUUAGACAUAGUAAAUAAAGCAUCAGAAUUAAGAAACAUGGCUAGGAAGAAUGAUAAACAUUUAAGAUCUUUAUUUGAUUGCCCCGUGGAAGAUCCGGAACCGGAAUUUGAAGCGGGUUCAUCAAGUGAGAAGAGUGAAAUUGUUUUACAAGAGACGGAAAGAAAAUGCUUCUCCCUAGCCGUCAGGCAAGACCUGUUUAACAAAUCCAAAACAAAUGAUGAAGAAGAUAGCGAAGCUGUUAAUUCUCUGAAUCUCAUCCACUCAAUGAAGCCCGAAAAUGAGGACACGGACAGUGAAUAUAAAUGUCCGGUCUGCUCGAAGAAUUUUGCAAAAUGGAGGAAACUGUACGUACACCAUCGCUUGCACAAUAAAUGUUACAAGUGUCCGAUUGAUAUAUGCAUAAAGAGGUUUGCUACAAAAGGAGAUCUUGAGAAACAUAUACGAACACACACAGGAGAAAAGCCUUAUGUCUGUAAUGAAUGUGAGAAACGUUUUGCUCAGCGCGGGACAUUGAAGGCUCAUAAAGAAUCCGUGCACCCUGUAACCUGAGACAGAAAUAACACCAAGUCAUAUUGAAGCAGAGCGGACGAUGAAGUGAAGUGAUAAAACCGCUUUUAGAAUUGUGCUAGCUGUAAACACUUAGAUGUGUUAUAAAUAUUAACUAUGUUAUCAAAACAUAAUUCUACAUUUUUUUUAUGUUAUGGUCUUCAUCCGUGCAAACACUUGCACAGUAUAUUCUGCCAGUGUCACACAUGUUUUUUUUUUUUAAUUUUAUAAACGGAAUAUAGUGACGUAAACUUAUUUUACCGUCUUUAAAACGUAAUUUUAAACAAUCUUAAAGUACAAAACAUUUUAAUUUCAUUUCAGCACUUUUAUAAUGAAAUUAAAAACAAUCAAAUUUUGAUAUGUUUUCUGUUUAUAACAGUUUUUUUUUUUUAAUUUUUAAACUAAAAUAUUUUGACAGCCGCUACGUGUAUUAAUUUUAUAACUACCGUUUGAAAUUGUAUAUAUUAGACUAUGAGAUUGUACGUCAUUUAUAUAUUACUUGCAAACCAUUUUCAAUUUUUAGAUUGUAUACAGACUAUAUGGAAAAAAUUGGCUGAAUGUAGAAGACCUUGAUACUA